AAAACGGGGGCGGGACAACAAAUUCGAAAGUGAAACAACGCGCGCCCUGUUCGCUCGCUGUACGUGCCCUUCGGAAAACAUUAAACUUCUGCAGUGGCAGGUCAUCUCUGUAAGAUAUAUCCAUCAUAAUGAGUUUUGCAAAUGAUAAAGUAUACAGUGAAUACAUGCGUCCAAAUCUUGCACUUUAUGUGAGAAGAGUGAGACCAAGAGAGAUUUUACGCCAUCUUCCAUGCCUCUCGGACUCUGAAAAGGGAGAAAUCACUGCCAAUUACACCCAGAAUGGCGAUGAGUCUGGCAUGGAGCUGUUGAUAACGCUGCUCAAAAGAAAGCAGAAUUGGGCCACUAAUUUUAUUUAUGCACUGCGAGAGACGGGUCACAUAGAUCUUGCAGAUGAAAUGCAGUUUCAAUAUGAUAAAUAUUCUAAACCUUCAGGUCAGUGCAAAACAGCUGCACCAGCACAUCCAUCCACUGCUUCUGCUGUCAGCAGUCCUCCACCAUCACUAAGCUCGGCAGAAUACAGUGAACAAAAUUAUCAUUCAAUGCCUUCCUUAAUAAUACAAAAAAAUCCAUUAAGAAACAACUUUACAGAAGAAUCCAGGAUUAACGAAAACCUUGAAGUUCCACAAAGCAUUCAACCCAGUUCAGUUCCUUCUCCUUCUACUCUGUGUUACCCUGUUCUUCCAGUACCCAAUGAUUCCUUUCAACAUACUUUGAUUUCAAGCGCAGAUUCAGUACAGUUGUCUGUACAAAUGGAUCCAUCUUUUGCACCUGAUUUCUCUAAUCCUACAUUUGGUAUUGAUGCAGCUGUGCAAACCUCUAUCCCACCAAACCAAUCCCAACAGUUAUACUGUCCCGACAGGGUUAAUCCCUGUGCUUCUGGGAACACUGAAAACUUAAAUUUUACUGAUGCAAUACUCAGACCUGACCCAGAAAAGAGACAAAAUCCUUACGGAAAGUCUUCAUCUUCCAAGCCAUUACAGGUGGUUCACUCUACUCUAGAUGUACUCUGCCCCUCUAAUGAUGAGUCUUCAAGGAAUCACAUAACAAAUCUACCAGCUAGCAAACUCCUACAUUCAACAGAACCUAAAAUGGCCAUUCAAGAAACUGUUUCUAAAGAUAAGACACCCACAGCCACAUCAAGUACUAUACAAAACCAAAAAAUGACAGAAAAUAUCAGCCAGACUGUGCACCAGAUAAAAGAAGAUGCUCCCAGAAUUCCCCAGUGUCACUUUUCCACCACACAUGCUGCUGCAUGUGGAGAAAGAGCCGAAAAUAUAUUUGAAGAAGAACAUUAUAGCAAGCCUGGAAUGCUGAGGUCAGAGCUUUUUCCAAAUCUAUCUGAGGAACCUUCAUCAGCUUACUCUGGAGAUUCAGUGAGACUAGAAAUAAGUAAUGUUUCAUCAGAUAGUGAAGAAACCACUGUGGAGAAUAAUCCAGAGGAAAAUCACUACAUAUUUAGAAGUUUGUUGGAUAGUUCUCCUUGUCAAAGUAUGUUAGAGGACGGGCCUUUCAAUAGAAAUCAGCAUUAUAAUGAUCCAAAUUCCUCAUGGCCAAGUCCUUUUGGAAAUGUCCUGUACAGAGGUACACCACCAGAAGAAAACACAUACAGUUCCAUCUCUUCAUUAAGGGUGAACGAGGUUAAAUUUUCUGAAGAGCCUAUCAAUGAUCAAGUCAGUGCUGCAAAUGAAGUUUCUGCUGCGAGGGCUUGUUCUAAUACCAGGAAUGAUUAUUGGAGCGCAGACAGAAGCAUGCCUAAUGUUUCAGCAUCCACAGAGAAAAAGAAGGAUGAUGUAACUAGACCAUCAAAUCAUUACGUGACUUUAGCAGUCCUAAUUGGUGCAAUGGCAGUUUCAGUAUUCAUCUGGAAAAAGAUGCACAAGUGACGUACUUGAAUUAAAAUGUGGCACUUUUGUUGUGCAUUUUUACUGUUCUUUUUCACCAAGUUCAUAACUCAUAUUAUGUUAGCUUUUCCUUACUUCUUAGCAUACACACAGUAUGCUUUAAUUUUAAAGUAUGGUUACUCUUAUUGUAUUAAUAUGAUUUUAUUCUCAGAUACACAUUAAAAUAUGAAUACUUACAGCUAUACAUAUUAUUGGUAACACUGAGCGAACUUUUAACUUUUGUGUUGAAGUUAUGCUCUUUGAUUAAAUUUUCACAAGUUGCAAAUCAUAUCAAACUACGAAUAUGACAUUUUUCCAGGGUGAACACUACCCCACUUUAUAUAUAGACCAGUUGAUUGGUAAAGGAAGACCGUGACUUCUACACUUCCCAGUAGGUCAGAUAUAUACUGCUUAACUUUCAUUACAAUAGUUCUUUCUACAACUGACAUGUACAUCCUGUUUAACGACAGUUGGGUUACUCAAAUAACAAACAGGACUGUUAAAUUGUUUAAUUUGCAAGUUCAUUUUUAAGUACGUUUAAGGGCUUUUGCAGAAUAAAUGCAUAACAUUGGGACAUUAAAAAGGGUAAAGUCUAUAAAGUAACAUUUAUUUCUUUAAUUUCUUCAUAGGGAUUGCAAACAAAAGGCAAAUUAUAAUGUGGAAGUAACAGGCACAAUAUACUACAAAUUCAAUGUUAGUUCUGUAUUAGGAUCAUUUGAGAUGAUUCACCCAAUAAAUGCUUAUCAGUAACUAAUACAACUUGGGUUAUUGUUCAUAUAUUUAAUAUGUUUCAAUAUGUUUGAUAAAACACAAAUUAUGUGCGGUUUUGAGAAUGAUACUGUACACAUCUUAGUCUAUAAGCUGUUGUGGCAAAUCUGGAAAAAUCCAGGCACAUACUUUGUUAAACACUCAGUACCAUAACAUAGUUAGAAAAGCUUUAGUUUCUGCUUUUAUGUAUUUUCAUUUAUUCCACAUUUACAGCCCAAGUUGAAAAAUUGGUAAAUAAUCUACAGCCCCAGCCAUCAAGAUGUUUCAUUCAUUAAGAACUGCUUUUGUCACUUUUAUGAAUUCACUUAAAUUCAUUUUUGUGGUAUUGUGUAUUAUCAGCCUGAUAUUUCAUAGCUCUUAAUCUGUUUAAAGCAGUACCAUGCUAGUGGAGUGUGACUCUGUACAGGGUGCUCCAGAUCUAAUUAUGCACAUCCAUAUCGUCUGGAUGACUUUGAUUUAUGCAGGGACGAUUCCAGUUCAGCGCG